AUGGACUACUUCUUCCACCCCGUGCAGCAGCAGCAGCAGCCCUUGCAUGUCGGCCUGCACUCUGCUCAGCCCGAAGAACCGCGAGAUGCAGUCAUCCCACUCGCAUCGUCCUUCGAAUACAAUAACUAUGCCUCAGGCUACAGUGACUCCUCCUUCUUGCCACACCCGCCACCCCGCCCCAGCAAUGCAGUCCAACACUCUCCGCCACAGAGCGCUGCCGCCCAGAGGAACUCUCUCCACCAGUCUAUAGACAUGGUGCGCGAUGACCUUGCGCAGUACAUCUUCUCCGAGUUUGUCGAAGAGCCGCUCGCCGAGAAGCGAUCCAGUAGCGAGGAAAAGGAUGCCGUGACGCCGGCCCAGAGUCGGCGGAAGGCUCAGAACAGAGCGGCCCAAAGAGCCUUUCGUGAACGCAAGGAGCGGCACGUCCGAGAACUCGAGCAGAAACUGAACGAUCUCCAAGCAAAAUCAAUGUCACUUCAUGCAGACAACGAACGCCUAAAACGCGAAUUGGCUAAGAUUGUCACCGAAAACGAGAUUUUGCGUGCCACUGGCGACAGCGGUCAGUCUUCGCCAGACGAACGAGGGAGCAGCAGCAGCAGCAGCCGCAACAACGACAUCAAUAAUGAUGAUGAUAAGAAUAACGCAACAAUCGCGAACGGACCUACAAGGUACCUGCCCACAGACAUGCACAAAACCAUCGCAGAUAUCCACAAGACAGGCAGUCUGCCGCAUCGCAUCGUGAUCAACCCAGAAUCUGGGGAUAGAUUGCUCAAUGCGAAGGCCACGUGGGAUUUUAUACAAGCUCAUCCUUUGUACGAAAAGGGCCUGAUUGAUAUCGGAGAUGUCUGUGAGCGGUUAAAGAGUUUUACGCGGUGCGAUGGUCAAGGCCCAGUCUAUGAACAAGGCCAGGUGCAAAAGACCAUCGAGGAGAGUGUGGCGUGUGGGAAUGAUGAGCUGAUUUGA